AUGUUAAUUAUCACAUUUCUAAUAAUCUCAAUAUGUUUUGCAACUAUAACAUAUGAUAGUAACUAUUUUUUAGAGUGGAAUUAUGAUAUUGUACCAAGUUUUACAUGUUGGGGAGGGAGAAGUUUUGAUAAAACAAUAUCAUUUUCAGACUCAUUUGCAAAUAUUCCCAAAGUGUUCAUCACUUAUGAAAUGAUAGAUCUACAUUGGAGUUAAGAUUAUAACACUGUAGGUUUCAAUUUUAGUAUUACAGAUAUUACAUUAACAAGUAAAUAACUUAUUUUUUAUAUUAGACUUUGCGAUGCAUAUGUAUUGUUAAUAUGAGAGAAACUAUCGAUUCAGAAUAAGGUGGUUUGCUAUUGAUGAUUAAAGAAUAGAUGUUAUUAGUCAAUUUAACCUUAUUCCGCCUUAGAACUGCAGUUUUUAUUAUGCUAAUAUUAAUGUUGAGAAACACUUCAUUACAAUUACAAGUUUUAGUGCUACAGGACCAACAGAUAUUUAAUUAUUUGUAUAUUCUUAUUCAAAUAUAGGCUUAUUUUACACCUCCAAAUAUAGUUACAUUAUAUAUUCCUUAUAUGAUAGGAUAAUCAGAAAAUUUGAAAUCUAUUGGAUUUUAAUUGAUUUUAGGAAUUGAUGAAGCAUUCACUAAAUCUUAAGCUAUUUUAACAGUUUCAAACUAUGAUUCUUUAGUAUAUGAUCCAAUUCAAACAAACCAGGUGGAGUUAUAUCCAUUUUCAGGAUUGGCUUAUUUGGAUGAACAUUUAUUUCAAUUAGUGGUAGUCAUCAAUGAUAAUGGUGUUGGUACAAAAUAUAUAAUACGUGAUUGUAUAAUAAUAAAAAUAUAGAUUUUAAGGGGGAGCGGGUUAUACUGCUAAUUAUCACUAAAAAGUCCGAAUGCCAAAAUCCUAAACCAAAUUGUUUUAACCAAUACUUUGCAAUUUUAUCAGAUUUUCUUAGAAACUUGAAUAUAGAGGUUUACCUCGUCCUUUGUUUUCAAUAGAAUUCACUGUUGAUUCAUAAGUUUAUACGUCAAGUGGAUAAAUUCUCAUAAGCAAAUCUAUAUAAAANUUAUUAUUAUUAAUAAAUAUCAUAUCACUAUUCGAAAUUAGUUUUAGAUUAAUUCAUAUCUUUAAAAGAUUUAUGUAAAUUUAUUAUAAAGCAAUAUUUUUCUAUUUUUUUAAAUUAACUUAAAAAAAAUACUUAAUAAGUUUGUAAAUUGAUUAAUUUAUUAUGUUAAUUAUCACAUUUCUAAUAAUCUCAAUAUGUUUUGCAACUAUAACAUAUGAUAGUAACUAUUUUUUAGAGUGGAAUUAUGAUAUUGUACCAAGUUUUACAUGUUGGGGAGGGAGAAGUUUUGAUAAAACAAUAUCAUUUUCAGACUCAUUUGCAAAUAUUCCCAAAGUGUUCAUCACUUAUGAAAUGAUAGAUCUACAUUGGAGUUAAGAUUAUAACACUGUAGGUUUCAAUUUUAGUAUUACAGAUAUUACAUUAACAAGUAAAUAACUUAUUUUUUAUAUUAGACUUUGCGAUGCAUAUGUAUUGUUAAUAUGAGAGAAACUAUCGAUUCAGAAUAAGGUGGUUUGCUAUUGAUGAUUAAAGAAUAGAUGUUAUUAGUCAAUUUAACCUUAUUCCGCCUUAGAACUGCAGUUUUUAUUAUGCUAAUAUUAAUGUUGAGAAACACUUCAUUACAAUUACAAGUUUUAGUGCUACAGGACCAACAGAUAUUUAAUUAUUUGUAUAUUCUUAUUCAAAUAUAGGCUUAUUUUACACCUCCAAAUAUAGUUACAUUAUAUAUUCCUUAUAUGAUAGGAUAAUCAGAAAAUUUGAAAUCUAUUGGAUUUUAAUUGAUUUUAGGAAUUGAUGAAGCAUUCACUAAAUCUUAAGCUAUUUUAACAGUUUCAAACUAUGAUUCUUUAGUAUAUGAUCCAAUUCAAACAAACCAGGUGGAGUUAUAUCCAUUUUCAGGAUUGGCUUAUUUGGAUGAACAUUUAUUUCAAUUAGUGGUAGUCAUCAAUGAUAAUGGUGUUGGUACAAAAUAUAUAAUACGUGAUUGUAUAAUAAUAAAAAUAUAGAUUUUAAGGGGGAGCGGGUUAUACUGCUAAUUAUCACUAAAAAGUCCGAAUGCCAAAAUCCUAAACCAAAUUGUUUUAACCAAUACUUUGCAAUUUUAUCAGAUUUUCUUAGAAACUUGAAUAUAGAGGUUUACCUCGUCCUUUGUUUUCAAUAGAAUUCACUGUUGAUUCAUAAGUUUAUACGUCAAGUGGAUAAAUUCUCAUAAGCAAAUCUAUAUAAAACAUAGAAUUGAAUAUAAAUUGUAAUUGUAUCAAUGGUAAAAAAAUAAAAAGUAAAUUUUUUAAAUGUGAAAAUUGCCCUUUAAACAAAAAUAGUCAUUAAUUUCAACAUUCUUGUUAUGGUGCAAUUAAUUUAUUAUUUAUUAAUGCAAGAUUUAUUACAUAAACAAAUGCUAUUUAAUAAUUAUAAAUUGAUAUCACUCCUCAAAGUUGUAAAAUUACAUAAUUAAUUUUCAAUUAACAAAUAUAAACUUUUGUAAUUGUAGAUAUAUAAAUGAUUGAUAAUUGA